AUGUUUGGCCAUGACGGAUGGAGUUCGGAGGUCAUCGAGCAGUCUUGCGAAUCCCGCACAGAAGGCAACCCCGCGAAGUGGAUGACGGAAGCCGUGUGCAGGGUGCGUGUCACCGUCUUUUGGGUGACCAGCGGAGCCCCAACUUCCCACGAUGGAACCGGCUUUGGCGGGGGCGACAAGCGCAACACGAGGGCGGAAGCCAUGGAAAAGGCCGUCAAGGAGGCCGAGACGGAUGCUCUCAAAAGGGCCCUCCGCAUCUUUGGCGAGGCAUUGGGAAACUGUCUCUACAGCAAGCCGUAUCUCUCCUGGAUCGAGAAGGUCCGGGCCCGAGAGGGCAAGCAGGAUGAGACGAAGCACUACACCGCGGAUAUAUUGGUCCGGAAGCCUCGGAGUGGUGGUCUCCCGAGCAGUCAAUCCACUCUUUCCUUUCCACGGCAGGGCAGUCUCCCCCGUCCGGGCAGACAAUCAGUGCGUGCAUUGCCCACGAAUGAUUACUACGACGAUGAAGAGCUGUUUGAGGAUGUUGGCUUUGAACCGUAG